CUGUAAUAUAAUAAUUUAUUACUUCAAAUGUGUUAUAUUUAUAUUUCACUAUUUUCUAAUAAAAUAUGUCAAGAAAAUCACUUCUGGUUGAGAAUUCUUGGGGAUCUCUCCCAUUUACCAUUGAUGGAAGUGAGCAGUGGAUUAGGAACUUCAGAGACUACUCAAAUUUAAAAUUAAAGAACAAUCACUCAGCUCGACCCUUAUGGGUCUGUCCAGACGGUUAUUUAUACCUGGAAUUAUUCACACCUGUCAGCAAACAGGCGCUAGAUUUUAUAGUAACCAUCGCAGAGCCCGUAUGUAGGCCAGAACUGAUACACGAAUAUCAAGUUACAGUCUUCUCUUUGUACACAGCAGUCUCAGUGGGACUGAGUUUCGAGGAACUUCUUAACAAUUUAAAUAAAUUUUCAAAAAAUGAAUUACCAAAAAAGCUUAAAGAAUCGAUUUUGAACACAUCCUCAGCGUUUGGGAAAAUUAAACUUGUCCUUCGGGAUAGCAGAUACUGGAUUGAGUCAUUUGAAAGAAGUGAACUUGACCUGUUACUGACAAACCAAGAAAUAAGAAACUCUAGAAUCCACUCAAAUAUCUGGGAUAAUCCUAAUCACUCAAAGACUUCAACAUCCAAUCAGAACAAUGAAUAUGUAACAAUUUCUGUUCCAACAUCCGACUUUUCAUUCGUUUUCAACAGAAAUCAUGAUGUGCCUGAGUCUGAAGAAACAACAGUUACCAAAUUUGCCAGUAGAAAUGACAAAACAUCGACAAGGCAAGUAUUUUCAUUUGAGGUUCAACAGGAAAAAAUCGAAGAACUUAAAAGGGAGGCACUGCAAAAUAUGAGGAGACCCCUAGUUAUGGAAUAUGAUUUCAGAAAGGAUAAUAACUCACCAUCACUCAACUGUUGCAUCAGAUCAAAUAUUAAAAUUAGGUACUACCAAGAGAGAGCGUUGAGGAGGAUGUUUAGUAAUGGAAGAGCUAGGUCAGGUAUUAUUGUACUACCUUGUGGAGCAGGAAAGACACUAACUGGAAUAGUUGCUGCCUGCACAGUUAGAAAAUCGAUUUUUGUCCUUACGACCUCUGCAGUUGCAGUAGAGCAGUGGAUCAAGCAGUUCCAGGACUUCACUAACAUCUCGAGAACUAACUUGAUUUCACUCACAUCAGAACAUAAAACAGACUUAUGGGAUGAAAAGGAAGCCGGAGUUCUCAUUUCAACAUAUACUAUGAUGUCAUAUACGAGGAAACAUCGAGAGAACACUGAGAGGAUUUUAAGCCAAAUAAAGCAACGUGAAUGGGGAAUGCUCAUAUUUGACGAAGUGCAAUUUGUCCCGGCGCCAGCUUUCAGACGCAUAAAUGAAAUCAUUAGGUCACACUGUAAGUUGGGACUCACUGCAACGCUAGUUCGAGAAGAUGACUUGAUUCGCGAUUUACAAUGGUUAAUUGGGCCAAAGCUAUACGAAGCAAACUGGCUUGAAUUGCAGGAAAAAGGGUAUCUGGCCAAGGUUAUUUGUAAGGAGAUUUGGUGUCCGAUGACGGCACCUUUCUACAGAGAAUACCUGAGAAGCUCCAGUGUAAAGAAGAGGAGGCUGUGGUCUUGUAACCCUGUGAAGUUAAUAACAUGUGAAUACCUGUUAAAGUUCCAUGAAUCACGUGGAGAUAAAGUUAUCGUAUUCUCAGAUAAUUUGUUCGCACUGCUGCACGCAGCCAAAUUGCUAAAUAGGCCCUUCAUCUACGGUAAAGUCAGCUCAGCGGAAAGAAUUAUAAUUUUAAAUAAGUUCAAGAAUGAGACUACUUUCAACACGAUUUUUUUGUCGAAAGUCGGUGAUAACGCUCUUGAUAUACCAUGUGCAAAUGUGGUCAUACAGAUAUCAUUCAACUUCGCCUCAAGGCGCCAGGAGGCACAAAGACUAGGAAGAAUUUUGAGGCCUAAAUCUAAGACUGACGAACAUGGAUUCAAUGCCUUCUUCUACAGUUUAGUAAGCAAAGAUACUCAGGAGAUGGUAUUUGCAGAUAAGAGGCAACAAUUCAUCAUAGACCAGGGAUAUGCCUACAACGUUACAAGUUCUUCAACUAUUGUUAAGGAUACGAGUAAUUUGAUGUACAGUAAGCCAAGUAUACAGCAGGAGCUGCUCCAGGAUAUCAUCACAUCCGCUGAAGAUGUCGAUGAUGAGGAAGAGGUUAAUCCAACUGAUUUAUUCACACCUACGAAUGAAAGCUCAUUACAAAUGUCAGUAUCCCAGAAAAAAACAGGCCUUGCUUCACUUUCAGGAUCACUUAAAAAUCAACUACAGUACAAACACCUCCUUCCGCCCUCCGAAAAACCAGCCAAAAAGUCCAAGGCCUCCUCAGAACAGCAUCCAUUUUUUAAGAAAUUAUACUCCACCAAAUAA